AUGGCCACAGCUAAUCUUCCUACUACGAUCAGGGCUGUUUAUCAGCAAGACCCUAAACUCACAACUUUAAAACUUGUACAAACUCCCAUUCCCCAACCUGCUGGUCCUCAAGACCAUCUCGUCAAGAUCAAAGGCACAUCACCAUGCCUUGGUGAAUUGGGUUGGGAGGUCAGUUUCCCCGACCUCUUCCCCCCAAACCGGGAACGUGUGCCCGGAACUGAAGCUGCUGGUAUCAUUGCUACUUCGCCACCUUCCAGCCCUUUCAAGCCUGGCGAUGAAGUGUACUUUCGACUCCAUGCGAGAUUUCCAGGAUGCUUGCGAGAGUACACAAUUGUCCAUACAGAGGAGCUGGCACUGAAGCCCAAGACACUGGACUGGGCUGAGGCAACUGCAACGCCAUUGAGUACCUUGACCGCAUGGCAAGGACUAUUUAGCAAGGGAAUCUUGAAUAAGACUGGAAUUAGCGGAGACGCCGACGCCAGAGCCCAUAACAGCAAGCUGAGAGUCCUUAUCACAGGCGCAGGCGGCAGCGUUGGAGCUUGGGCAGUUCAUUUUGCUGCGGCCGCUGGCGCAGGCGCUGUAGUUGCACAGUGCGGUAGUGCAAAUGUCGAAGCAGCUAAGAAGGCCGGAGCCACAGAGAUUAUUGACUAUAAGAAGCAAUCUAUUGCCGAGUGGGCCCAGGAAGAUGCCUCUCGUGAGGUGGAUCUGGUCCUCGACUGCGUUGGAGGGUCGAGUCUGGCUGCAGGCUGGUCCGCUGUGAAAGAGAAUGGCGUCUUGCUAAGUGUUGUUGCUAGUCCAGAUGAUCUGAAGCCCGAGUCAGUUACAAAGAAGUUAGCAAAGAGCACUUGGUAUCUCAUGGACUGCAAGGGCGAUGACCUGAAAGAGAUUGCCGACUUUAUUGAUGCGCGUGGGCUGAAGCCGCAGAUUGACAGCGUGGUUGAGUUUGAGGACUUCCAGGCAGCGUAUGACAAAGUUGAGCAAAAGAAGGCAAAGGGCAAGGUAGUUAUCAAGGUCGAUAUCUAA